AGCUGGACACAAUGGAUGGCCGCGGCCUGGCUGGAAGAGGAGCCAGAGCUGGCCAGAGAGCAGCGCCCACCCCCAGCAGGGCCCGCGGAAGAGGACGGGGGAGAGGCCUUCUCCUUCAGAUACAGCCCCGGGAAGCUGCGGGGGAGCCAGUACCGCAAGAUGAUGAGCAAGGAGGAGCUGGAGGAGGAGCAGAGAGUCCAGAAGGAACAGCUGGCCGCCAUCUUCAAGCUCAUGAAGGACAACAAGGAGACGUUCGGGGAGAUGUCCGACGGCGACGUGCAGGAGCAGCUGCGGCUGUACGACAUGCAAGACGAGAUGAAGGUUCGCUGAUUUUCCAGAGCACAUGCAGAGAGCCGGGCCUGGGCGCAUUCAUCUUCACAGCUCAGAAGGAGAACGUAACAUUCUCCUUUUACAGACGAAAACAGGCUCGAAAAAUAUUGUGAAUAACCCCAUUUUAAAACCGAGCCCCGGGUCUGAGGAGACCUCUCUGCAGAGGAGCACCAACGGCCAGCAGCCCGUGAAACGCUGUCCGAUGCGAACAUUGAACCACGGGCACUGCUCGCGACGGCCACGACCUCAGGACGUGCUGGUGAAUGUGGAGGACACAGCAGCGGGAGCCCCCGCCACCCCCAGCCCUGCCGCCCCACCCCAUGGGAGUGCGGAACGGUGUGGCUGCUUCGGAGACAGCGGCGGCUCCUCCAAAGAUCACACAGGACCGGACAGACUCGCCUCCUGCCCCUAGGGAGAAGCCAGGAGAAAUGAAAGCGGAAGUCCACGCUGAGCACGGAGAAGGAAUGGUGGUCAAGUGGGGCAGUGGCACUGUUAGCCGGGCUGGGGGGUGCCUUUCCCAACAUCCGUGCACCAGACCGACACCUGCACACCAGCUUACACAGCUAUGUGGCAGUCACGGCCAGUAAGGCUGGCGGGAGAGUCCACGGGGAAGUGUGUCCAUGGGCCCUCCCUGGGGGUGCGGCGGGUUAAAGCGCAGUGCUGUGAAGCUGCCACAGCCACUGCAGCA